AUGAUGCAAUGGCAGGUCAACAAGCAGUUCAGGAAGGACCGUGAGGCUGCUAUUGCCAGAAAUCCAAACCCAGAUGUUGUGGUCCAGCAGCUAGACCUCACUUAUGGACCUCCACCAAGACUGGCAUGGCCAUACCAAGAGAACCCUCUCAUCGCACAGAUAGAUGAAGUGCCAGCACUUGGAGAAAUUCAAGCUAGACAGAGGGGAGAAGCCCUUCCCAUCCAAGAACACUAG